GUGACAACAACCCAUAAGUGCCAAUAGGCAGGGUGAUAGAAAACAUCUGACGGUGUUGGAUUGGUGAACUUUACCCUUUCAACCUGCCGAUUUUUGUGUCUGUCCCCCACCCUCUAUUCCUGUGUGAGUCCGGGUGGGCAAGCGACUCUGGGCCUGGGUCCUGCUGGAUGGGGAUUUGUUAGACUGGCUGGUGCAGGGCAAGGAGUGGCCAUGGCGGUGGCAUUGGAUGCAGUAUGGGUGCGGGUGAAGGGGGUUUGCAAACAGAACGGUCUGCUGAUACUCUCAGUGCUGGCUGUCGUCAUCGGGUGUCUGCUGGGGUUCUUUCUGCGCACCAAGCAGCUUUCUGAGCAGGAAGUGAAGUACUUCCAGUUCCCAGGAGAGCUCCUGAUGAGGAUGCUGAAGAUGCUGAUUCUGCCUCUCGUCGUGUCCAGUUUAAUGUCAGGCUUGGCCGCCCUGGAGCCUAAGUGUUCCAGCAGGCUGGGGCUCAUCACUGUCUCCUACUACCUGUGGACCACCUUCCUGGCAGUGGUGGUGGGCAUCGUCAUGGUGUUGAUCAUCCACCCGGGCGGCGUGGCCCAGAAAGAGGACAGCGAGGACAGCAGCAAGCCCAUCAUGAGCUCCGCCGACGCCCUGCUUGACCUUAUACGGAACAUGUUUCCAGAGAAUCUGGUUCAAGCCACCUUUCAGCAGUACCGCACCAACAGUGUCCCCAUCAUGAAGACACCCAAGACCACAGUGAGCAGCCUGACGGAGACGACCACGCGUCGGCCGCUCAUCUAUGAUGUACAGGACGAUAAUGGUUCCGAUGUCCAGAACUUCCAGCUGGACCUGACGCCUCCACCGGAUGUGGUGUUCCGAACACUGCCUGGAACCAGCGAAGGCAUGAACGUACUGGGCAUCGUCAUCUUCUCCGCUACAAUGGGCAUUAUGCUGGGUAGGAUGGGGCCUAACGGCAGCGCGCUGGUCAACUUCUGCCAGAGUCUGAACGAGGCGGUGCUGAAAAUCGUGGCCAUCGUCAUCUGGUAUUUCCCGUUUGGAAUCGUGUUCCUGGUGGCGGGAAAGAUCCUGGAGAUGAGCGACCCGUCAGACAUGGGGAAGAAGCUGGGCUUUUACGCCAUCACCGUGGUGAUGGGUCUCAUCCUCCACGGCCUCUUCAUCCUGCCCAGCAUGUACUUCUUCAUCACCAAGAAAAGCCCCAUAGUCUAUAUCAGGGGGAUCCUGCAGGCCCUGCUCAUCUCCCUGGCAACUUCCUCCAGCUCUGCCACGCUGCCUAUCACCUUUAAGUGCCUGCUGGAGAACAAUCACAUAGAUCGCCGCAUCAUCCGCUUUGUGCUGCCUGUGGGAGCCACCAUUAACAUGGACGGAACGGCGCUCUACGAGGCCGUGGCCGCCAUCUUCAUCGCUCAGGUCAACAACUACGAGCUGGACUUCGGCCAGAUCAUCACCAUCAGUAUCACGGCAACAGCCGCCAGCAUCGGCGCAGCUGGGAUUCCACAGGCUGGUCUGGUCACCAUGGUGAUAGUUCUUACAUCCGUCGGCCUGCCCACUGAUGACAUCACGCUUAUCAUCGCUGUGGACUGGGCCUUAGACAGGUUCCGAACUAUGGUGAAUGUGAUGGGGGACGCCCUCGCUACAGGAAUCAUGGCACACAUCUGCAGAAAGGACUUCAUGCAAGAGGGAGAUGGGGUUCCCCUAAUUUGUGAGACUAAGCCCAUCAACAUUCAGCAGCUGAUGAACUGUCAGCAGAACAACGGCAGCUUCCAGCCUCCACCACCAGGAGGCAAACCUGAGCACGUCCCACCAGACGUGGCACGACUCAUGCAGCUGGAAGAGGGAAUGCGACCCCCACCUCCAGAGCGCAAGAAACCUCCAAUUCCUCCUCGGCACCUCAAGCACAAAGACAAGGACCACUGCGCCAUCGACAUGAAUGGCCUGGAGACCAAUGUAUAGCAGCCAUCUUGACCAGGGAGGCUUGGCCAACAGACUAAUAAAGUGGACAGAAAGGACUGCAAGGACUAGCAUAGUAGUUUCUUCUUGUCAUCUUAUUUUGUCCAAUUUUGUGUUGUUUUAUGACUUUGGAGAACCUGAGAUUUCUUUUACUUGACACAACAUCUUCUGUUCAGCUUGCGCUAGCGUGCUAAGCUAUUCUAGCACUCCUUAACGAGCAGGCUUGAGUUAGCGUGCCUGCUAGCAACCUUGGCUGACGAUUUUGGAUCAACUUGGCCUGGAAGGAGGUGAAUAAUUUACAGCUUUCACAGCCGCAGAGCUUGCAAGGAUAAAUCAAACCGAGGCCUGAAAUUAGCCUAGACUUUUAGGUUCUGCCAGGUUCCUGGAGCACGAUGCAUGGUUUCCAUGAUCUUGGAAGGAAAGAAACUGUAAAGUCUGCAAGCCAAUGAGGCUUAAAACCCAGUCAGGGAGCCUGAACUUACCCGGCCCUUUUGGAGACUGACAAAACAAUGUGAUAUUUCAAUUGUAAAUAUUAAGUAUUAGUCUAUGUACUCUCUGCAUUGUUUUUGUUUUUCUUCUCUUUGAUUUUUUCAGUUUUUAUAUAACCUAUGUAUGGGUGUUUUUGUCAUUUCACACUACAUGUGGGAAGAUCUCAUUGUUGCUUUAUCCCAUUUAAAAAAAAGAAUCUGACUUUCAAUGUAAUGCAGGUAAUCAGAUGAAGCCUUUGCAGACUCUUCCUUUUCAUUGUUGUCAAUGGAGCGAUGCACACCACAGCCGAAAAGCGCAUUGCAUUUUUGACUAUCUCAGGCUCGAGUUCACCUAUUUGUCAGUCAAACACAUUAACCCGUCCUCAGUCCUGCUUUUUGACAUUUCUAACUCUUUCGAGCCCUUUAAAAUAUGGUUGUUUGGGCAUAUCAUUAUGUUUUUGACUGUAAGGCCAAGUCUCAUUUCACCCCUUGCCCCUACCACUUAGCCCUUAGUCCUCUGAAAUUGCUAAUAGCAUGCUAAUGUCUUUGUAGCUAGCCAGCUAAUUUUCCAGUUCCACCUUAAGUACUCCUGCAGUUCUGUAACUGCUGCACCAUUUAAGGUGGAACGGGAAAAUUUGAACAAGAAGCUGACAAAUAUCUGACGUAUCACCAAAGAAAUAGGGGUGGGUGAUGAUAAAUAAUUGCCCCCUUCUUUGAAGGCG